GCCAACUUUUGUGGCGGCGCUUCGCCUGUGCACCACCCGCGGUUUCCUCAAGGGGGUGGCGGCUCACUUUUCAAUUUGCGCCGUGCUCAAGCCAUGAGCUUGUCGUUCGUCCCGUGCCCAGUCGACUUUGACUUGGGGCCCGUGCCCGCAACACCGCCCCGAAAGCGGCCGUACCGGUCGAGCUUUGUCAUUGUCCUCGACGAGAACGUGACCAAGUACCGCGGUCAGUGCAAGUACAAGUCGGGCAAGUGCAAGAACGAGCGGACGUUGAAAUUCAACGGCCAGAUCCACACGCUGUGCGAAGAGCACCGCCUCCGACACAACCGCAUCCAGAACAAAUCCGACAGCAAGAUCCGCAAAGCUAAGCGCAUGCAGUCCAUGUACGCCAAGCUCGCGUCCGAUGCAACCGUCACGAACGACUCGAAGCUCAUGGAGAUCCUGUACCAUUCUAGCACCGACACGUGCUCGUCGUCGGGCGAGUCGGACUACGCCAUGUCGACCGUUGACGAAUUCGCAAAGGUCCCCGACAUCAAGCUCGAGGACUUUGACGUGGACGAAUCAUCCUGGUCCCCCGAAGACACGUUCAUCUUUCAGAACAUUAUGGGGCUUGGCACGUCCAGUAGCGGGGUGCUGUAGGGCCGCUCGUUCAAGGCGUCGUAGUCGGUAGGUUGUAAUGUAAUUCGAGAGCUAGGUCACUGCCAAACGCACACAUACGUUGCUG